AUGCCGCCCAAGGCGAAAGCAGUCACAAAGCCGAGCAAUCCGGAGCCCAAGGACACUCCUGGACCAGGUCCAGAAACACUGAACGACCGAACGUCUCAACGCUACUACCAGACGAACCCCGUUGAAAAGCGAAUCGAAGAAGCUGGCUUCACCGGUUUAACGCCCGCGGAGAAGAAAGUAUACAGUUACACAAAGCUCAUUCAACCGAUCGCCGAUCACAAAAUCCCAUUGUCUAAUAAGACGGAAAGAGAGUACUGGAAACAAGUCACGAAGGAAGGUCUGCCCAUUCGCCGCCUUCGACAGGGCUACUGCUGGGGCAAGGACAAAACAGGUCACGAUAUUGGCGCAUAUCAGCUCGACAAGUUUGACCAGCUUUUGAUCAAGCAAGCUCAACUGGCUGCUCUAGAUAUUCAUCAUCGUCAGUUUCUUAUCAACCGACGCAAAGCAAUCGCUAGUGGCAGAGACUUCUUGGACGAAGAAUCAGCGCAAGAAAAGAGUAGACGGAAAGACAUGGCUACCUUGAACAAAGAUCUUUAUGGCGAAAUUACGGGUUCUCUCUCCAACAACCUAGAUUGGGACGACGUGAUCCCUAUUCCUCACAGUGAACCCGACGAUGCUCUAUCUAAGAUUGCCUACCCCGACGACUAUGCCGAAGCCACUUCGUAUCUUCGCGCUGUCAUGGCUGCAGAUGAGUGCUCUCCAAGAUGUCUCCGCCUGACAGAACAUGUCAUUUCUAUGAAUCCUGCACACUACACCGUGUGGCUAUAUCGCUUCAAGAUUAUUCAGACACUUAACUUGCCCGUUCCUGAAGAGAUCGAGUGGCUGAACCAGGUAGCCCUGGCGAAUCUAAAGAAUUACCAAAUAUGGCACCAUCGCCAGCUUCUGCUAGACUAUUACUUCCCCAGUAUUGAUGGAGAUGAAGAAACGAUUAGGGCUUUAGGAAGAACCGAGACACAGUUCAUUAACAAUAUGCUUAAAGAGGACUCGAAAAACUAUCACGUUUGGUCUUUUCGGCAAUACUUGGUCACGAAACUUGGCAUGUGGAACAUCACCGAACUCGCCGCGACGCAAAAUUUGAUUGAAGAUGAUGUAAGAAACAAUUCUGCUUGGGCGCACCGUUUCUUUCUAGUCUUCUCGGACCCCAGUGUUGCCACGCCAGAUUUACCUGCAACUAUGCAUGAUCCAAAAAUCCCCAGAUCCCUCAUUGACAGGGAGGUGGACUACGCAAAAGAAAAGAUUGCUUUAGCGCCUCAGAACCAAUCCAGCUGGAAUUAUCUCCGGGGGGUGCUCGCCAAGGGUGGACGAGACUUAUCUAAUGUUCGUGAUUUCUCAGAGAGUUUUAUAUCCAACUUGGGUGCAGAUAGCGAGGACGUAAAAAGUUCUCACGCUUUGGAUUUAUUGGUCGACGUCUAUCACCAGGCUGGCGAUAUUAGCAAGGCUAUUCUGUGUCUGCAAAGGCUUUGGGAGAAAUGGGAUCCAGUACGCGAGGGAUAUUGGAAGUAUAGGGCGUCGGAACUGGAAGAGACAAAAGCAUAG